UCGCUUGGUGCUUCAGUGUGGGAACAGGAUUUGUGGUCAUGUCUGCUUGUAAAGUCAGAUCUCUGACCAGGUAUAAGUAGAUCUUGGCAGACCGUCUGCAAAAACACAUCCUGAAGCUGAACAAUACAAAACAACCUCUAUCGUGCUCCAGUCUGGUGCUGUUGAAGUCAUGGAGAGAGACAACAUCCUAACCUUUGCUGUGCUGUGUGUCUUCCAUGUUUGGACUCCGGGUGUGGAUACAAAGAUGGUCAGUCUCCCUCUGCAUGGUCUAAAAUCCAACAUCCCUUUAAACAUGGCUCCAGACUCUGUUGAUGACUCCUACAAGGGCUGUGAGGAUAAGAUGUUCAGGAAGGUGCAUGACUAUUACCUGAAAACGGAGAGACUAAAAAACAAAGAUUUCAACCAGGCUUGGACCGAUGCUGAGGCCCGUUACAAACCGAAACAGAAAAGAGCACUGUCUAAAAUCUAUUCCCUGGCAAUCCAGGUGUAUGUGACUGAAUACUCCCAAAUGUUCAAGUCAUUCAACGAGGCCACUCGUACCCAAAAGAAGAGCUACAGCACAACAUUCCAGUACCACUCCCUGCACUUCCUUCUGACCAAUGCUUUACGAAUCCUGAACAAGAAAAAUAAGCGUUUCCAAACCUUCCGAGGAACCAACGCGUCUUUCCACGGAGUCCGAAAUACUGAAAUGCGAUUUGGACAGUUCACCUCGAGCUCUUUAGACAAGAAAAUCGCUGGUGAACGCUUUGGAAAUCGCUCCUGUUUUGAGAUCACCACCUACUUUGGUGCCCCGCUGGGGGAGUACGCAUCUCAGAUGGCUCAUGAGAAGGAGGUGCUGAUUCCUCCCUACGAGGUGUUCAGAAUUACAGAGGUGCUGAAGAGAAAAGACAAGAAAGACCUCUGGUGUGACGUCGUCUACAAACUGCAGAGUACUAAGAAAGGAAAAAGUGUCCUGAAAUGCCAGAUGGUUGGACCACUCCAAGGAGAGUAAAAUCAAAACAGCAACACAGCUGUUCUGCUUUCAGUCAAAUAUGAAAUGCAGUUUUUAGUGCAACACCUGGCUUCCCCAUCCACCGUCGCUCCCUCCCACAAAUACAGGAAAUACAAAAACAUUAGUGGAGCUUUUCCAACUUUCAGAUCUGUCUUGUUGUAAAUGUUUCCCACAUUGUUUGCUUAGACUGUUAACCUUUCUUCUGCCAGUGAAUUGGCAUUUGUUGUCAUGUGCACUGCAGCUUUUGCUAAAAACCUAUAAUGAAAAGCAUUCAGCAAUAUUACAUCUCCUGUCCUAUUUAUCCACUACCUACACAUCCAUUAUAAAGAGAUGAAUUUCAUCUCACUUGAAGAAAAUGUGUUUGUUCUCAGGUUAUAAUUACAAUGGGCUACAAAGAUACUCCGAUUUAAAUAAAGAUAUAGCCAAAGAUAA